AUGACUGAUGCUAAUUUCAAUGCGCAAAAUGUAGAAGAUCAAAAAGAUUAUCAAGGAACGAAUGCAUCCGCAGUGGAUGCAGAUGGCCUUAUUGAAAGCAAUUGGACCCAAGUUUCGGAAACAUUUGAUGAUAUGAACUUGAAAGAACAGCUUUUGCGUGGAAUUUAUGCUUUUGGUUUUGAAAAACCGUCAGCAAUUCAGCAGCGAGCAAUCGUUCCUUGCAUUUCACGUCGUGAUGUGAUAGCACAAGCGCAGUCAGGUACAGGAAAAACUGCCACAUUCUCUAUUUCAGUGCUUCAAAAUAUUGAUGAGAAUCUUCCGGAAGUACAAGCAUUAGUGAUGGCACCGACUCGUGAAUUAGCGCAACAGAUCCAAAAAGUAAUGGUUUCCUUAGGCGAAUAUUUGGGUGUUAAAUGCCAUGCAUCAAUUGGUGGAACGAAUGUGCGUGAUGACCAACGUAAGCUUGAAUCAGGAGUUCAUGUUGUCAUUGGGACACCUGGUCGUGUUAGUGAUAUGAUUCAGCGAAAUUCAUUAGUAACCGCUUCAAUAAAAAUGUUUGUGCUCGAUGAGGCCGACGAAAUGCUUUCUCGUGGAUUCAAAGAUCAGAUCUAUGAUGUAUUUAUACGUAUGCCAAACAAUGUUCAGGUAGUAUUAUUAUCUGCAACCAUGCCUAAUGAAGUACUUGAGGUUACAAAUCGUUUCAUGAAUGAUCCCAUUAGGAUCCUUGUUAAAAAGGAAGAGCUAACAUUGGAAGGAAUUCGGCAGUUCUAUAUCGAUAUCAAAAAAGAAGAAUAUAAGUUCGAGACAUUAACCGACCUUUACUCUACUGUGAAUGUUACCCAAGCAGUAAUAUUUUGUAAUACACGAAGGAAGGUCGAUAAUCUCGCUUCUCAGUUGAAGGAUGAAAAUUAUACCGUUUCUUGCAUGCAUGGUGAAAUGGAUCAAUCAGAUCGUGAUUUGAUUAUGCGUGAAUUUAGAUCAGGGUCUUCUCGCGUACUCAUCACGACAGAUUUAUUAGCACGUGGUAUUGAUGUUCAGCAAGUUUCGCUCGUAAUCAAUUAUGAUCUUCCUAGUAAUCGCGAAAAUUACAUUCAUCGAUAUCCUAUUCCAGUCCAGUGCUUUGGAAUUUUUAGCAUCGGGCGAUCAGGUCGCUUCGGACGAAAAGGUGUUGCCAUCAACUUUGUAACUGAGGCCGAUUUUCGAUUACUUAAAGACAUAGAAAAUUUUUAUAAUACGCAGAUUGAGGAAAUGCCGUCGGAUAUCGCCAAUUAUCUUUGA